GUUACCUUUGCAAAAAAGACCAAGGCCGGUCCAUAACAAAUUAGUAUUUGCCACUAUGUCCUUAUCUUUUUUUACUCAUCUAUCAUUUUAAAAAUUUGUAUAUCUUUAUAUGAAACCACCAAAUGGGCCAAAUUGAUUAGUGCAUACUGAUCUUGCUAGAUCUUCCAAACAGUCUUCCCAUCACAGUCUUGUUCUUUUGACAAAAAUAUUGUUGUUUUAUUCCAUUGUUUAUUAGAUGUUAAACGCGAUUUGACUAUUCCCUUUUCUGGUUUUAUCUUUAAAUUAACUUAUACAUUAAAUUUUACAUUCAUUAAAAAAAAAAAUUAACUUAUACACCAAAAUUAUCAACGGUGGUCGCAAGGCCAAUUUGCUAACAAAAACUUUUCCAAACAUUUAUAAGAGCAUCUCCGAUGUAAAAUUCCAUUUUUUUUAAAUAGAGUAAAAAUGAAUUUGAAAUGAAAAUAUUUCAACUCCACUUCAUUUUCCACUCUAUAAUGAAAUAAUGAUGAACAAACAAAAAAUAAAUUGUUUUAUAAAUAGAGUAAACUUCAUUAUAAAAUAGAAAAUAGAGUAGAGUUAAAAUAAUUUUUACUUCAUAUUUACUUUUACUUUAUUUUAUAGUAGAAAAUAGAAUUAGAUUGGAGAUGUCCUAAACAACUCAUGUUUUAAACAUUGUAUCUGGAUUUAGCCAAAACUCAAAACCCUUCAAAACUAACAUAACAAAUGUGAUUACUUUUAUAAUCAACAGCUAUAGCCAUAGGCGGAUAUUAAACCCCGCACCUGGUAGAAAGUUUGUAGAUCCGUUCGUGCCUAUAUGUUUUUGAGGUUUAUAAUAUUCUUACAUUAAAAAAAAGUUAUAAGGUAAAGAAAACAAUUUUUAAGGUAAAUUUUUGUUUUACUAUUUUACUAUAUAAGGUAAAAAAACCAUAGUAGGCACGAUCUUAUUUUGCCAAUAUGAAUUUUACAUAGUGGCACAUAUUAUGGAAAUUUUGUAUUGAUUCGUGAUCUAUAUUACAAAAAUUACUCUUAUCUGGAAAAUUUGUUUUAACUUUUAAGUUCGAGUCUUUGAAAAACUAGGUGUCCAUGUGCAUAAAGUAUUUUGAAUCUUUAAUAUAUUCGCAAGGAAACUAAAAUAAAAUUUAAGACAGUGCAUCAUCAGCAUCGCUACUAUUCACCAGCACAUAGUUUAAGGUAUAUAUGCCUUGGGUUUUUGGAUUUAUAAACAUUCGAAGUGUAAAUGGUAUAUACUACUGGAUAUUUGUCUUCGUCAUUUCUAAUUUCAUUAAUAGGUACGUGAUUACGAGUCACGUAUCAACUUUAGUUGCGCAUUGCCCUCUUGAAUUCGUGAGUUCAAACUAUAAUAUUACAUGAAAUAACAAACAUUCCAGUUAUAUGUUGUCUACUUUGAUAAGAGUACAAUAAGCGCUAUGCAAGCAUAAUUAGUUCAGCUGGCAAGAAGAUUUAUUAUUAUUUGAUAGACUACUCUAUGAUGCUACGUACGAAUCAAAAAGUGACCUAUAUUCAAUAUUGAACUACCAAAUAAACAAUUGACGGUUGAAUUGAGAUCAAUAAAACAUAUAGUAAAGAUCCAAGAUUUGUAAAAGAUAUCAUAACCAGCAAUGUUCAUAUAGUAUUAGCAUAUGAGCCCACUUAUUGCAUAUAAAUGUUAUUAUAUGGAAUAUAAAUAAUGGAGUGGUUACAUAACACCAUAAAGGGUAAGGGCAUAUGAAUAUGAUCAAAAGAAGAAAGAAAGCAAAGGGUAUGAGCUGAGAUCAAUAUAUAGCUUUACACGUUAGAAGUAGUUAGUGCAUAUGAAUCCAUCACCAUUAUAAAGCUGUACUUAAAUAUAUUUAACUUUCUUGCUACAUGACGAAAUUUUUUAUAGUAAUAUGUACAGACUGAUUAGUUAUUUAUUGGUGUUUGGUUUUAAUUUUGUUAAUGCAUAGUGAUCUAGCGAGUGUUUUAGGUAAAGGGCAUGGCCACUAAGAAACUGCGAGAAGUCUUUUUUUUUUGUCAACAACUGCGAGAAGUCUAGGCUAAGGAAAGUAUAGAGACAGACCUUUCAGUGUUUGAAAAGCAAAGUAUAAUUACUAAAGGAAAUAAUAAUAAACAUUUUUAUUAGUUUAUUGUUAUUUUCAGAAAAUAAUCAAAAGAAAUAAGGUUACGGGUUACCUCAUGUGGUACGUCAUUUUCAGCUACCCCUUCUGGGUGCAGAGGUAAAAUACCGAAUUAACACACGGUUUUUUUCCAACAUCUAUGAACUGUUUUUAGUUAAACACAGACCAAAAUCUAAAUAAAAAUCCAUUUAAAUGCGAUAUAAUUAAACUGAAAAACAUUACGUUUUGAUUAAGAGUCAAGUUUAGUGGUUUCACACUUCAGUUUAAAUUUAUUCAAUAUGUUAUUUCAAUAUUAUUUUUGUCAUUAUGUUAUUUACUGAUAUAUACUUUACCCUAAAAUAAUAUUUAUAUCCACUUUACAGCGCCGGUUGGGUAUUAUUUAAAAAGAAAUAUACAUGUUGCUGAGUAAGACAGCAUUAUUAUUGGUGCUAUGACAUUUUUCAUUUAUUUUCUUGUUUGUAAGUUCCCAUGAAAUACUUUUCUUAAUAAAUAGAACAGUUACAUAUAGUAUUGUUUAUUCUUUUCACAAACAAAAUAUAGUAACAGCACGCGCAGACACGCGCAUACACUGUAUUCAAUAUUUUUAUUUAUUUAAACCCAUAAUAAAAUGGGGGAAAAGAAAAUAGAAAGAAGAGAAAACAGCAGGGAUCAAACGUCUGCUUCUUCUUCUUCUUCUCUCUUCUUCCUCUCGCUUGCUCUCUCUCUAUUACGUUUCUCUUUUGUCCUCCUUCCUCUUCACUGUCUGUAUCAUUUCAUACUUACAAUCAAACCCGAAACGUCUCUUCUUCCUUCUCUCUCUUUCUAUCUAUUUUUAAGCCAGAUUUUUUUUUUCCUAGGCUCGUCUACUUGAUGAUACCCUUGUCCUCAUUCCCCACUCUCGACAAAUCCGAUAUCCCGACAAACCCAUUUCAUCCCCAUCUCCCACUUUCAGGAAAAAACUAAUCUUUCUUGUCUUUUCAAUAACGAACCGGCAUUCCCACUCGCAAAUCUAAGAGAAAGUUCUAUACUUUUUCGGUCUGAAUCUCGAGAAUUCUAAACAUUCACAGACCCACGUGCUCUCCUAUUCAAAGUGGCCUUUUGAGGAUGGAAGCAGAAACGUCUUGGACUCACUAUCCCUACAACUACAUCACAUACGUCCCUGAAGCUGACCCAUACUCUGAGCCUAGCGACGAUGAGACCAAAGACCAAACCUUUUCGAUGGACACUCUCCUCCCUGACGAUCUACUAGAAAGAAUUUUAUCCUUUCUCCCCAUCGCAAGCAUCUUCAGAGCCGGCACGGUCUGCAAGAGAUGGAACGAGAUCGUCUCAUCUCGAAGAUUCUUAUGGAACUUCUCCUCCAACAACAACAACUCUGCCUCUCAGAGGCCUUGGUACUUCAUGUUCACUACCACCGACGAACCAUCCGGUUACGCGUACGACCCGGUUAUCAAGAAAUGGUACACCUUUGAUCUCCCUUGCAUCGAGACUUCGAAUUGGUUCGUUGCUUCCUCUUGCGGAUUGGUUUGUUUCAUGGACAACGACUGUAGAAACAAGAUCUACGUCUCGAACCCCAUCACCAAGCAAUGGAGGAGGCUCAUCGAGCCGCCAGGUCACAGGUCUACGGACUACACGGCGUUGUCUACCUCCAUGAACAGAGCAAAACAGAGUUACUCUGUUUCGGUGGUGAAGUCAAAGCAAGUUCAAGGGAACUUCUUCCAGUGGGAGCUCUCUAUUCAUCUCUACAGCUCCGAAACGAUGACGUGGACGACGUCCUUAACCGACGUGUUAACCGGAUGGAGAGGAGGAGACGAGAGUGUGAUCAUCGACAACGUUCUCUACUUCUUGAUCUACUCAACAGGAGGCAACUCUGAUCAUCGACACGGCUUGAUCGCUUCUAACUUAUCCUCCACGUCAUCUUUGAUGAGUAGUUUCAUUCCGAUGCCGUGUUCUUUAACCUGCGGGAGGCUGAUGAACCUCAAGGAGAGGCUUGUGGUCGUUGGAGGGAUAGGGAAGCACGAUAGGCCAGACAUUAUCAAAGGGAUUGGGAUAUGGUGUUUGAAAGGAGGGAGAGAGUGGCAAGAGAUGGCGAGAAUGCCUCAGAGAUACUUCCAAGGGUUUGGUGAGCUGGACGAUGUGUUUGCUAGUAGUGGCAGUGAUGAUGUUGUUUACAUUCAGAGCUAUGGUUCUCCUGCGCUUUUGAUGUUUGACAUGAAGUUGAAGUGUUGGAAGUGGUCUCAGAAGUGUCCUGUCUCCAAGAAGUUCCCUCUUCAGCUCUUCACUGGGUUUAGCUUCGAGCCAAGACUCGAGAUCGCUCCUUAAGCUAUAUCACGAGUAAAUGCUUUUGUUAUUUACAGUUUGGUACUUUAUUAAUUAAAGAGACCAAUAUAUUUUUAAUUUUAAUCAAUCGAAUCCUCGUUCUUUCUCUGUGUC